CCCUCCUUCCCUCAAAGCCCAUUUCCCACCUUUCUCUCUCUAGACAUUCCGAGUUUCUCUACCCCCGUUCCCCCCCGCCACGACCAAUGAAGCUCGUCAAGAUCAACCGGCUCAGCCCGAAGCGCCUCUUCGGGUCCAAGAAGGACCGGUCCGGCGUGGCCAGGUCGGACGACCCGUCCUCGUUCGGGUACGGCACGACGUCGUCGUCGUCCUCUUGCUCCUCCGCCGCGUCGUCCGUGCACAAGCCCGGCGCCGGCGGCGAAUCCCGGACGCCCACCAGCGUGCUCCCCCCGCAGCUCUCCGGCGAGUGGUCCGACGCGGCGUCGUCGUCCGCCGACUUGAACUGCGAGCUCGCCCGGGCCUUCACGUACAUCGACGGCGACAACGACGGGGUCCUCUCGAGGGACGAGCUCGAGGCCCUGCUGACCCGGCUCGGGGCCGAGCCGCUGAACGCCGACGAGAGGGCGCUGAUGCUGAGGGAGGUCGGGUGCGCCGACGACGGCGGCGGCGGUGCCGGCGUGAGGAUAGAGGACCUGCUCAGCCGGGUGGGCUCCGCGGGCGGAGAUCCGGACUGCGACGUCGAGAUGCGGCGGACGUUCGAGUUCUUCGACAGGGACGGCGACGGGAGGAUCACGGCGGAGGAGCUGCUGGGGGCGUUUGGGGCGAUGGGGGACGGGGGGUGCACGUUAGAGGAGUGCCGGCGCAUGAUAGCGCAGGUUGAUAGGAACGGGGACGGGUUCGUGUGCUUCGAGGACUUCAGCCGUAUGAUGGAGCUGCAGAUCUGAUCAUGUAGUCAUUCACACAAAAA